UCACGGCAUUUGACUUUUAAUAGUUCUGCUCAAACGUUAUAAGAAAACAUUGACAUUUUAGCUGGAACAGAAACGUAAUAUAUUACGGGCUUAAACCGAGAUGGAAAAGUGUUUAAAACUUUUUCUCAUAAUAAACUGUAUAUUUCGCUGUAAUGGAGUCAGCUGGCGCCGACAACUUGAACAUAUUGCUAACGCGAAGUUACAUAGCCAAGGACUGGCCAAUUAUAAUUUACCAUCAAGAAGAUUCUAUCAGUUCGAUCCUCGUGAGAUGUCUUCGAUACUUGGACUACCAUCUCGAGCAAGUCAUCUACCAGAAGCAGAACCUAUUCUACCAGGACAUACACUUUUAAAGCCAUCAUUAGGAAUGUUAAAGUCAGCCGUGAAAUUUCCUCAUAAGGAAAUGGAGGAUGGAGCUGGUGUGUACGGCAAUAUUGAUAAUUUAGGCAUAAGAUAUGAUGGUAGAAACGAAAGAACACUAUAUUCUGGAUUUCGACGAACUCCAGCAGAUUAUUUUAUGGUUGUUCCAUUAAAUGGAAAAGAUACACAAGGGAGGCCGAGGUUUAAAUUAGAAUCUGCAGUUUUGGACUUGGAGCGAAAAGAAAACGCAAAAAAUAAGCUUCUAAAGAUAUUAAAAAGGUUGGAUAUACCGCUCAAAGGCUUGAAAGUCUUCGUUGCUUCUUUAAAUAAAUAUGAUUCGAAUGACUUGAAUAAUAAGAAACGGACUUCCUAUUAUCUAAAUGGAGACGAGAAAUCGUACAACUUAAAAACAAAAGAAAUGUAUUUACGAAACAAGAAAGAGAAUGAUAAUCGGUCGGACCAAUCAAUCGCUUCAAAAGAGCGUGGAAUUUCAAACGAAAAUAUUACUCAGCGUAAUUCAGAGGAAUUAGAAAAGAUUAAGAAAAUAGAAUGGUUCAAGCAGUCGAAGAAUAGUUACGACCACAUCAAAGUUAACCAAGAUGCGCCCGAAUAUAACGAACUAUUGCCGGCUAAUGAUGAGAAAAUACGCAAAUGGUGGUUUUAUAAUUCGGAGGAUUACAAGCCUUUUAAUACAUAAAAAAACAAAAUAAAAAGUUUUUAUUUCUUAGAUAAAUUUAAAGAAAUUUAUUCUAAAAUUUUAGUUCUCUGUCAAUAGUUUUGACUUAUUAGUGUCAUGUUAAUUUAAAAGAAAUAAACAAAUUUUGUAUAUGUA